UCUUCACUUCUUCUCUUUAAUGUCUCACAUAGUUUCUUAGUUAUUGUGCAGAAGAUUUCUAGUGUAACCCUAAUAUAUCAACAAAGGGACUUGAAGAACAUAUUCAUAUAUAUAGCCUCUACUUACGCGAACAAUAUAGUCAAUGGAAUCUUGUAGCGUUCCUCCGGGAUUUAGGUUCCAUCCGACGGACGAAGAGCUUGUCGGGUACUAUCUAAGGAAGAAAGUCGCAUCGCAAAAGAUCGAUCUCGAUGUCAUUAGAGACAUCGAUCUCUACAAAAUUGAACCAUGGGAUCUACAAGAGCGAUGUCGAAUCGGGUAUGAGGAACAGAAUGAAUGGUACUUUUUUAGUCACAAAGACAAGAAAUAUCCAACGGGGACAAGGACUAAUAGAGCGACCAUGACUGGAUUUUGGAAAGCCACGGGAAGAGACAAAGCUGUUUAUGACAAAACAAAACUGAUUGGGAUGAGGAAAACACUUGUGUUCUACAAAGGACGUGCUCCUAAUGGCCAAAAAUCCGAUUGGAUUAUCCAUGAGUACCGGCUCGAGUCAGAUGAGAACGCACCGCCGCAGGAAGAAGGGUGGGUCGUCUGUAGAGCGUUUAAAAAAAGAGCAACAGGGCAAACUAAAAACACGGAAACUUGGAGCUCCAGUUACUUUUACGAUGAAGCCGUGUCAAGUGGAGUUAACUCAAUUAUAGACCCCAUUGAGUACAUAUCUAAUCAGAAACAUGACAUUUACGGAAAAGGUUUUAUGUGUAAGCAAGAGAUAGAAGGAAUGGUUGAUGAUCUAAACUAUAUGCAGUCAUAUCAUCAAUUCAUUCAGCUUCCACAACUCCAAAGCCCUUCUCUCCCGGUGAUGAAAAGGCCAUCUAGCUCGAUGUCUAUAUCAUCAAUGGAUAACAAUAGUAACUACAUAACCUCAUUGGAUGAUGAAGCAAGCUUUGAGUCAGUUAUAAGUGGAGAGAAUAAGAGAAAGAAUACGAAGAAGCAAGUAAAGAUGAUAGGAGAUUGGAGAGAGCUAGACAAGUUUGUUGCUUCCCAACUCAUUAGCCAAGAUAAUGGAACUUCAGAUUAUGUUGGUCAUCAUAUAAAUCAUGAAGAUAUGGAGAUGGAUUCUUCGUUGUUGUUGAACGAGAGAGACGAAGAGAACAGGUUCGUUAGUGAGUUAUUGAAUUCAAACACGGAUUAUGAUAGUGGGAUUGCGUAUUUGAUGAAUGAAACUAUAUAAGUGUCAUGUGAGAUUUGUUGGUCCGUUUUUCUUAUACAUUAUCAUUCAUAUGCAAAUUCAUAUAUGUUUAUAUGAAAAUAUGCUUCAGGGUACGUUGUGAAUA